AUGGAAAGCGAGAGAAAGACUCAGGGAGAAACUUGGGCAGUCUGCCUGGUGUCUCUCACUCUCCCGUCUCUCAUCCAGGUUCAGCUGUCGCGUCCGGUCCGCCCUCGACGUUCAGGUUCCAUUGUCUCAGUGAAUAGGAAGCGUGUGGGCGGUACCUUAGCGGUAGCAUGCCGGCCACUUGCGCAGCCCACCGAAGCGGGAAUGCGCCACAACGCUGCCCUCUUGUCACCUAGGUUCUUUACCGAUACUACGAUGUCCUAUGGCUACGGGGACGGAGGAUUAAGGACGGACUACCUAUUGGCUGGGUACGGACAACAACAAGGUAGAGAUGGCAUGCGGAAUUGCUGCUCGUCUGUUCGCAUCGUUGGUUCAGAUUUGGUUCUCAAGUGUUCGGCCGAAAUCUGGAGGAACCACGCCUUCUUGAUCCCGAGACUCGGUUUGUACGGUCGAGAAUCGCGAUAUUGUCAGAUCAGGUACCUGACGUUCGAGCAGGUAUUCUCGGAAUGCCUUGCCUUAGUAAUGCUCCUGCUCCAUGCUCCAUGCUUCCUUCCCGCUCAUAUUCAUGUCGACUGCGACUUCCUCAUGGCUCAUGCAGCAACGCUGCCCCGCUCCGUCAUGUGGGGCAUUUGGGAGACUCCGAGAAUUGGAAGGAACGUUCACGUCUCUGAGUGGUUGAUAGCUCAAUACUGCGGGCGGAAUGGGGGCCGGGAGCGAACCAGGAGCGAACCAGAUGGCAAGGGACCUGAGACCACCACCCACACCCACGGCAAAUCAAACCCCAGCCCGCAGGGCAGUUUUACCUCCCCACUACAACUUUGCAACUGGAACUCCCGACCGACCGUCCUCGACCUCAGACUCAGAGUAACCUCGGACCUCACACACUCAUCCCGUCACCCACUCCCCGUCUUACACUUGCGCCGCCGUAUGAGCAUGGAUCCGACACCUACAUCCAUCCCACCUCAUGUCACGCUCUGCUCUUACGCUCAGCGUCCGUCGCUGCACCUCACAUGUCAUCUCGACCUCGACACGACAUUCGGUCAUCGACCAUCGAUAAACCUUGGGUCAGCCUGUGUUCACCGAGAAGGCAGAUUUCCACUUCCGGCCCUAGCUUCGUAUGGUCCCUCUCACAUUCUAUCACCGAUGCUGUCCGCCCAACACCUCAUACCGACCACAUACCAAACCCUUGAAAAGCGCUCGUCAGACUUACCGGCUUGCAGACGCUUGAUGUCAUCCGGCGGCAUGUGCUUCUCGCUGAAAAGCUGCGGUAACGCAUCAGCCCCUAAACAGAGUGCCGCGAAUAUCGACAAUUGUUUCCGCUUAAGGGUCGCUCAUCCAUAUGGCAGCAGAAACGCUUUCAGCUCGGUCGCCAUAUCGCUCUCGCAUUCAAGAUGGGGCCUAGCACCAUUAUGCACAGCCGCAGCCGCCGCGAUGGAACUCGGAUAUUUCAGUCGAGUUGGGGAUCCUGGGCGAAGCAGAAGCGCUGUGUUUUUGAGCUUGACCGCUAGCCUGGCGGUGCACUCCGUCGGUCGCCGCUCCAAACCCGCGGCAUCAGGGUUGCGCAGCGCCAUAAACAUCCCCGACCCGUCCGUCCAUAUCGGCGACGCCUCACGCGUUGCAUUGAAAUACCGGCGUUUUAAUGCUCGCUUUGAAGUCCCCAUCUUCCGCCUGAUCCGCGAAUGGUGGGCAAGCAUGUUCUAUCGCGGGAUAGACGCAGCGAAUGCGUCGGUUCGACACGAUGCCGAACUUGAUCCAGACUUCUGUCAAGUCUCCCAGGCCCUGAGAGCCUCUCGAGAUCUCGACAUAAGUGCUAUACACAAAAGAGCACGUAACCAAACAAUUUUUGCAACAAAUCCUGGCACCACCAAGAGCCAGGGUGGAGAUCACCUGCCCAGAAACUCUAAAGCACUACACUUCAGCUCUCGAUCUAUCUACCUUACUCCGUAUCUCUAUGGCGAUGGAGCCAUUUCAGCCCUGAAUUUCGCCAUUCUGAAGGAGCCGUACAGAUACUACGCAGCUGCAAAAGCGGCUCAGUCGCAAUCCAAUAUAGCUCAUCGAGACUGCAACCUCGUAGAUAUCCUGACCCGGACUGCUCGGGGACCAGCAUCGUGGUAUAAGAGCCUCUCAAACACUUAUCAUUACAAUGUUUCAGUCACCGACUUUUUUCGUAAUGAACUACCGCAGCUCACCAUCGCCUCUUCUCAUCCUUACAGCCAAACCCCCAAGACCACCUUCACCUGCGCCUCCACCGCGCCCGUUCCACUCGUCGAGAUCCGCGCCGCCCAACGAACCUUCGAAGGCGCCUACAUGCGCACAGCCCUCUCCCAAUUCUCCUUCGCCCUCAUCAUCCUCAAAAUCUUCACCUCGGAGUUCUACGCCAUCGGCGCCCUGUUCGCCGUCUACGGCGCCGCCGUCAUGCUCGUCGCCAUCUUCCGCCGCCACGAGGGCAACCGCCAGUUCUUCACGAGCCCCAAGGUGGACGAGGGCAGCGGCGUCGCGAGCGGCGGCGUGGUGCGCAAGUUCCGCACGAGCGGGAACAGCGUCGCCAUGCUUACCGUCUUGAGCCUUGCUGCGUAUGUUACGCUUUUGGUGCUUACGUGGCAGCUUGUGCAGUGA